AUGGCAGCAGGAUAUCAGCGUGCCGAUGCGCAUGAGUUGGCAAACGUCAACCCGGGUCACCGUCAGCUGAAGAUCGAACCCCGGAGCUGCGUGGGUCCUCAAGGUCAACCUGGGAGCUGUAUGUUCAACUUCGAGUGUUACCAGCUCGAAGGUAAGGUCGUCGGCACGUGUAUCGACGGGUUCCUCUUCGGCGCCUGCUGCCAAGCGCCCCACGAUGUCAUUGGCGUUACUACCGAGCCUUCUGCAGGAGGAGAGGUCAAAGUUCCUGGAGUUGGAGGAGAGGUUAAAGUUCCUGGAGUUGGGGGAGAGGUUAAAGUUCCUGGAGUUGGAGGAGGAGGCAUGGAAGGUGAGGCACAGCAUGAGGAAGCAGGGAAUAACGCUCAAACAGAAGAGGAGAAAGUUGAAGAGCAACAGACGAUGCAAAAUGGCCAACUGGAAGUACAAACCGCUCACGACGCGGCUGAGGACGAAGGGAGCGUCCACGUACAGGAAGAGGUUAGUAAUGACCUUUUGGAAACAGGAGUCGCCGCCGAAGUCACAUCUGAGAGGAUAACUUUAACCCCAAGUUCCGGUCCUACCAUACCUAGCGUUGACCCCGAAGUGGAAACUAGCCAGAUCCCCGAAGAGCAGGAAGCAAUUGGAGGACACACUGAAGAUGAAACACUCCCCAGCACUCCUGCGACAGGCGAGGAUGAUAACAUGAAUUCUGGGGCUACGAUAACUCCUGUAGACAGUUCUACGGACUCUUCUGUGGGCGAAAGGGAGACCGGAAUACCUGUUAGAGGGGCGGGAGAGACUCAAGCCUCGUGGGACAUUGAUACUUCGACGGUUGAGAGAACAAGCGAUGGGUCAACGGAGCCGUCGACGAUGUUGGUCACUACUGACGGAGGCCAUGACAGUGUCACUGCUCCUACGUCUGGCGCUCACGCCUCAACAGCACAGUCAACUGAAGUGACAAACGUCGCCGCGGUGAAAGAUCAGCUUGAGUCGUCUGUAAUAAUGCUUGAUGGUGAGUUUACUUCCACCAGUCACCCUUUUUCUGUAUCCUCUACCGAGUCGAGCUCCACAUACCAGGCCGAAACGGAGACCGAAACAUUUGGGUCAAUGGAGACCGAAACAUCCGAGUCUCUGGUCGAAACCAUCACCAUCGUCCGAAAUGUGAGUCCUUCCUUCGAGGGACCGAACUUCGACUUUGUUGGUGCCAACACCGAGGAUGUUCCUGUGAUGACCAUGCCCGAGGGCCAGGAAGGCUUCGUCACUCACCAGAUUUCGAUUUCAGACGUCACGGACCCGAGCCUGGAGGACGACACUGUCAGUGAACGACCGGACAAACUUCCCACUCUAGACAUGACGCAUUUUGAGGCCGAACCCACCACGUCUUUCCGACCAUAUCUCACACCCACGACCCGACCUACGACCCGACCCACGACAGACUCAACCGACACAUCAACAACGAAUGAAAUACUCCUCUUCUGGAGCACCAGGCCGCCGCCAACCAAACUCUGGCAACCAAAUUCCGUCCAGCCUCAACCCACACCUCCGCCCGUCGACAUCGCUGCCGAAACCAACUUCAAUUUUUCCGUCAUGACUACUGUCGAGAACGAAGUCCUCACCACUGACACUCCGAGGUCCACCUUCGCUCCCAGACCUGCCAUGUUGCGCCCAAAACCAGAUGAGCAGCAGACUGCGCCGGAGACACCUGCCUCCACGACCAUAGAGAGCACAGACACCAUCGGGGAAUCGAAAGGAACGACAAAGAUGACAGAAAGGACACAUGUGUCGUCCCGGCCGAUGGCGACACAGUCCAAGAUAACGACAGAGUCGUUGUUGUUCUGGACACUGUCGCCACACCCGUCGAUACUAGACGCCAGGCCUCCGGUGUCGGUAAUGGCGCAGGUGACUUCGAUGUCCACAAAGGUAAAUUCUCCGGAUACUACAGUUACCCCUUGGGAAGGUGGCGCGGAGACUGACGAUCCACUACUCUUCUGGACGGUAAGUCCGCAGCCCGCUAUUAUGAAUAUACGACCACACACCACGGCCUCCACGACUAUUACGACAUCUGAACCCGAUUUCGCAGACCCAUUAGCCUUCUGGACGACAACUAGACCUCUUAAGCCACGACCGACGACCAGACCCGAUGUGGAUCUGCCGCUGUUAAUCUGGACUACGACCAAACGUCCGCAGGCUUCUGUCGUUGAGUCGUCUACUGAGCAGUCAACGGUGUUCACGACUAUCCACGACGACGACAUGUACAUGGAGCCCGCUAUCAUACCUGGAGACGUUCUCCAACACAUCACUGGAGACCUUCUCCAGCGGAGAACCACCACCACCACGACCUCCCCAACAAGCAAGCCGCUGGUACCGUGGCCGGCCUCCAUUAUCGAAGACGUGCACGACAACACCAUCUCUGCUUCCACAGCUACCAAACGACCACGACCUACCACAACGACCCGGCGAACCACACCCUCCACGACCCGACGCACCACAACUACGACCCGACCCACUACCACCACCACCCGACCCACUACCACUACCACCCGACCCACUACCACCACCACCCGACCAACUACCACUACCACCCGACCCACUACCACCACCACCCGACCCACUACCACCAAAACUACCACACAACGACCGACAGCCACAAUCCAGCCCACCACAAGCCCCAUCCCCAAGCCCACAACUGAAGAACCCAUCUCCCCAAUUGACCAAUUCAUCGCGGACUUCAUCAACUCAUCACCAUCAGAGGAGCCGUCGAGCACAACCCAAUCAUCACCACCCAUCGACCUAGACCUCCUCUCACAGGUGAGUACCACCAAACACAACCUAAAAGCCACGUUGCAACAACGUCGCGUUUCGACCAGAAUACAACCACACAAUUUACUCCUGAGAACCUACUUACUGCUAAGGUAA